AUGUCAAAUAUCAAGCAAGUCGCAGCUUAUAAUUGCGAGCCUCGAUGUUUAUCAAGAAACUUUGAAGUUUGUGCAAUGGAUGAGCAAAACAUCCCAUUUUGCUUCAGUUUGAUAAAGAAAGCAACAACAGCUCCAUCAAAUUCAAAUAUCUUUGAAAGUUCUGGUUUUAUUGUUGGUUAGUUUUGUUUUUUAAACACUUCUGAAAAAAAUAUGAUUUUUUUCAGCCAUUUCAAUUAUUCUUUUUUUGGCAAUCAUCUUCAUUGUCUGGUGCUGUUUUUGCCGCAAGAGGAAAACUGUCAAACCCACUGAAAUUUGCUAA